AUGAACGGCGCCGGCGCGGGGGCGGGCUCGACCGCCUCCGACUCGCAGCCCCCGGCGGCGGCCGUCAAGACGGAGCGCCUCAGCCCGCCGGGGCCCUCCACGCCCGGAGGCGGGGGUGGCGGCGGGGGCGGGCCACAGGGCGCCGCCUCCAGCAACAGCAGCACCGCCAGCUCCAACAGCACCGGCAACCAGCACCACCAGUCGGGCGCGCCGGACAACAACUCGACGUCCUCUCGCAGCGGCACGCCCGGCUCCUCGUACCCGGGCACGCCGCCAGAGCGCGCCGCGUCGCCCCACCCGCUCAAGACGGAGCACCUGGCCAGGAACUACUCCGACUUCAUGCGCUCGCUCGCCGCCAAGUACAACAACGCCAACCCCAACGACUACCUGAGCAGUGCGGCGGCGGCAGCGGCGGCGGCGGCUGCGGCGACGGGCGCGCGCAACGGCUACCUGGACCCGCGCUUCGCGCCCUUCAAGUCGGGCGCCGCCACGCCCUUCGUAGGGCUGAUGGCGCCGCUGACGGCGCCCAAGGGCGGCGCGGGCGCGGGCGCGGGCGGCCCCCCGACGCCGGCGCCCACGCCCGCCCCCGCCACGGACCUGCUCGGCAUGUUCCCGCCCAUGAUCGACAUGAGCUCGACGCAGGCGCUGCUCUCCAUGGUGCGCUCCGCCAACGCCUCCCAGCUCGAGAACUACCUUAAGGGCGCGAGCAGCCGCCGGCCGGCAGAGUCCUCUCCGCUGGACCUGAGUCCAGGCGCCGUGGUGCCGCCUCCAGCCAAGAGGCGCGCCUACCACGCCCCCUCCAGGAGCAUCGGGGAGAGCCUCUUCGCCUCCAAGGACACGCACAGGCUGCGCCGGCUGGGCAGCGUGUCGCCGAAGCCGCGGCCCCCGGCGCCGCCCCCCGCCGCCCCCGCGGCCGGGUCCCGCGUGCUGCCCUGCCCCUCGCUGUGCGGCGCCGCCUCCGCCGCCACGUGCGCCCCCGACGCCGCCGCCACUGCCACCUGGAGCGUCGACGACGUCGCCGCCUUCGUCGGCUCCAUCGACCUUUGCGCCGAAUACGCGCAGAACUUCCGCGAGCAGCGCAUCGACGGGUGCGCGCUGCCGCUGCUGACGGAGGAGCACAUGACGGGCGCGCUGGGCAUGCGGCUGGGCCCCGCGCUCAAGCUGCGCGCCGCGCUCGCCAGGCGCCUCGGCCAGUGCGCCGCCUGCGCGCAUUGCCUCCACUGCCACGCACCGCAGCCCGCGCAGGCGCAGGCGCAGGCGAGCGCGGCCGCCGGACACUCGCCCGCCUCCAGGCCGGCCAGCACCGGCGUCUAG